AUGGUGAAGUCGUACGACAGAUACGAGUUCGAGGAUUGCUUCGGCAUUGUGAACUCGAAGACGUCCAACUGCGUUUUUUUGAACUAUAGCAGUAUUUUGUCAGGGCAUGAUGAAUGUGUAAGCCUAUGGAAUAUACACGAGAAGGAAAUAAAGAAGAAACUCACAGUACCCUUCACAGCUCCAUAUUAUUUUUUCUCCUACCACGUGACACACAUAUGUGUAAAUCCGAAGAAUAAAAAUAUGAUCGCAGUGGGGUAUGUUAAUGGAUGUAUAAAGGUGUUUGACGUAGAAUCGAAUAAAAUAAGUUCGACCUUCUCAGGACAUACAUCAGCUAUAAAUAAAUUGAAAUUUAAUGAGGAUGGAAAUUAUUUAUGUUCAUGUGGAAAGGACACCAAUGUGAUAUUAUGGGACGUGGUGAAUGAUCAAGGACUGUUUAAGUUGGAAGGACAUACCAACAUCGUUAACGACAUCGAAUUUUUGAGAAAGAAAAACAAUUAUGUGGAUAAUUUUAUGAAUAAUAAUUUACUCAUCAGUGCAUCCAAAGAUUGCCUCAUCAAAGUUUGGGAUUUAAAUAUUCAGCUGUGUGUGCAGACUGUCGUUGAUUGUGAAGAAGAAAUUACUUCCAUCCUGAUUAACGAAACGAAUACGAGGUUAAUUGUCGCUUGUAAUUCUGCCAUAAAGGUAUACAAAAUUGACAUGCUCGCUGGUGGACAUGAUAAGUUUAGUAGCUCCUCCAAGGUGUACCUCAGCUUCCUAGCCUCCAUUAAACGACCAAGCAAUAGUCGAAUACAAAAUAUGAAGAUGGUUUUUCUUGUUCAAAGUGAGAGUCACCACGAUGGAGUCGAUGUGCAGGAGGAACGUUUGCUCUAUGAUGACGAUGGUGGUGAUGGCAGUGGCGAUGGUGAUGACAAUGGCGAUGGCGAUGGCGAUGGCUAUAACGAUAAGGAUAACAACAGUUGGACCCAUUUGGAGAAAAGCCAAGCCCAAGACGGGGAGGCCGCUGCGCAUAACACCGCUAAUGAUGGGAACGCAAAGGGGAACACACAAAAAAAAACAAACCGGGAUGAAGACCCGAGAGAGAACCCAUCCCAGGAGAAGAAACCCAAUUCGGAUAUCAGACAGACCGAUAAAUACAUCUUAAGUGUUAUAAAAAAAUCUCUGAACAAGUCAGUCAAAUUAUGCAACCGAAGUAACUACUGUGCCGAUGGGGAUAAUAACGGGAUCCUCCUGUGCUGUACGAAUGUAAAAAAAAUCGAGUUGUACAAAAUAAACUCUGUGAAGAAUCAGAAAAAAUCAGAAAAAAAUAAAAAAAAAAGAAUCCUAGAAAAAUUGAAGAAGAAAAAAAAAGCCAUUUUGAAAGAAGCCAAAAGGAUAGAGAAAUUUAAAGGAACCCAAAACAUUGAUUUUACAAACUUGAUGAAGAUAGUGAAAAGUCUAGAGGAAGAAAUUACUCUCCAUGGGAAGUAUCACUUCCACACAGCCAAUGAUGAGGUAAAAUUUUUGUUUCAUUACAACUGCAAGUUCAGGCUGCAGUAUCUUGACGUGUACCGCAGGAGGAAGAGGGACUCCUAUAUCUACCUGCUUGCUGCUUACGUCACGAAUCGGUUGAGUGUGUUCCAGGUGAACCUCUUCGACGUUUUGACGAAAAGGGAUGAGUUCGUCGUCAGGGCGGGGGAUGCAGAGGGGCGCGAUGCAGAGGGGCGCGAUGUAGAAGGGCGCGAUGCAGAAGGGCGCGAUGAUGGCGAAAGGGGUGAUGGCGAAGACGAUGGUGACGAAGGUGAUGAUGACAAAGGUGAUGGUGACGAAGGCGAUGGUGACGAAGACGAUGGUGACGAAAACGAUGGUGACGAAGGUGAUGAUAGCGAAGACGGUGGUGACGAAGACGAUGAUGGCCAAGACGAUGAUGGCCAAGACGAUGAUGGCCAAGACGAUGAUGGCCAAGGCGAUGAUAGCGAAGACCAUGGUGGCGAAUCCCAGCAGGAUCACGCCCCCAAGGGUGAAGCACGCGGACGGCGCGGCGCGACUGACAAAAUCGUGGAGAAAAAAAUAUAUGACUAUUCCAAGUGCUUCAAGGAGACGUGCGAAAUAAACAAGGGGCACAACAGCACGGUACAAUUUCUGAGCCUUUCCGAGAAGAACGAGCUGCUGGUAUCCAUUUGCAAGAAGUACGUGAAGGUGUGGAGCAUGCGGACCUUCCAGAAUACUAUCACCAUCAACUUGGAGGGGUGCACAAACGCGCUGUUUUGCGAAGAGGACGAGUAUCUGCUGAUUAGCGAUGACGCGGGAUACAUCUACCUGUACGAGUUGAGGAACAUUGAGUUGAGGCACUCGCACAAGGCGCACGCGAAUGGGAUCAUCAGCAUGUGCAAGAAUGUGAAAGAGAACCGGUUUUUGUCCGUCGGGGAAGAGAGCUACUUGAAGGUGUUUGAGUUGUGCUGGCGGGAGGGGGGCGCUGAAUCGAGCGGUGAGGAGAGCGACGAAAGAGGCGAAGGGGACGAACGAGGCGAACGUGUCGGAAGAGACGAACGUGACGGAAGGGAGCAGAGGGAGGGCGCGCCAGUGGGCAAAGCGGCAAGGAUCACGAAUAAGCGGCGGCGAACAAACGGCUCGGGGGAAGCCCAAUCUUCGGAAUUGCAGUCGGAGGGGGAGACAACCGAGAAAAAGACCCAGCUGACCUUCAACGAAGCGGAUUGCUACAAUCUAAGCGACAAAGUGAGCUGCGCAAUUUACUCUCCCAACGGAAAGUACAUCUGCGUGGGCUACCUGAAUAACUUGAUAGAAGUGCUCUACAGUGAUACCCUAAAGUUGCACCUUACAUUGUAUGGACACAGUCUACCCAUCACAUGCAUGGAUAUAUCGAAAGACAACACAGUGUUAGCAUCCAGCUCAGCAGAUAAAUUUCUUAUCCUUUGGAAUAUAGAAUACGGAAGUAUCACCAAAAGGAUGCAUACAAACUGUGAUGUCCUGACAAAAAUAAAUUUCUUUAACAAAAGCAAUCAUCUGAUAAGUAUAUCUAGAGAUGGAUUCAUAAAAAUGUGGGAUGCUAUCAAAUUUCAAUGUAUCUGUACUAUGGAUGGGAAUUUUGGGGUCCUCACUUCGCUAGCUAUAAAUAUAGAAGACAAUUAUUUCUUAACGUCAGGAACACAUAGAAGUAUUAGAUGUUGGAUGAAACGAGAUGAUGAUUUUAUUUUCUUAGAAGAGGAAAGAGAUAAAGAAUUAAAUCUACAAAUAGAAAAGGAGGCUGUCAGAAAUGAUUUAUCCUAUCCAUCUUCUGUAGAAAAAAAUGCUCUCCUAAGUAAGGCUACUAUUAAAACGAUAGAUACAAUUAAAUCUUCUGAAAAAUUAAUCGAAUAUUUGGAUAUAAUUGAAGAGGAAUUAACCCUAAUGGAUAUUUAUUUUAAAAAUUUAACGGAGUAUGAAGAAGCUAAAAGGAAAAAUGAACUUCCUGAUUUUGUUCAACCUCCAAAUAAGGUGAAACCCAGACCAGAACUACUAAAUAAAAAUCCGUAUGAAUUUAUUAUUGAAGUUAUGUGUAAUAUUAAAAAAAAUAUUUUACAUGAAGUAUUAAUUUCUUUACCUUUUUCUUAUGCAUAUAAGUUACUAAAUUAUAUCAAGACUUACUUGAUGGCAUUUUAUUUUUUCCAGCGUAUUCAGAAUGAUUAUGGUAAAUUUCGAAUUUGUGGAGACUUGAGUUUCCAUGUUGAGUAUUCCAUUAACGUCGUUCUCUCCAUUGUAAAUAUUUAUCGGAACCAGUUUUUGUUUGACGUGAAAUUUCGGUUCCUUCUGUACGAGCUGCACCAACUCAUCAUUCCUCACCUGAGGAGGUCCCUCGACCAGUGUGCCUUCAACCAAAGCACUCUCGGCUUUCUCCUGCAUGCGCUGGACGACGAGGAAAUGCCCACAUAG